AUGUCAAUAUGUCAAACGCAAGGUGGAAUAAGAAGUCGAUCUCAAGUAUCAACGAAUGUUUCUACGUCGCCGUUGAUGAAGUGCAGUGAAAGUGAAAAAAAAAGAUUUUUUAUGCGAUUUUGUAAAAAUAAAUCUGCGUCAGAAUGCCAAGAACUUUAUGACAAAAGUUCAUUAAACUUAAAACGCUUUCUCAAAGAGAAAGUUCAAGUUUUAAUUAAGAAUUUUUAUUCUUGCUUUUUGCUGAGAAUCGACAAAACGAAAAAUCCAUAA